AUGAGCCGCUUCGUCCCGUGCACCGCCAUCUUGCUCAGCGCGGCGCUUGCGCUCCUCUUCAACGUCAUCUGGCGUGCGCAGCUGCCGGCGCCACUGGACGUGCCACCCGCAGACGGGCGCUUCGCCGGCGCCGCCGCCUACAAGUCGCUCGCGACGAUCGCCCGCGCCAAGCACCCGAUCGCCACGGACGCCAAGAAUGACGUGUACAGCUAUCUCUACGACUCGCUCGAGGCCCUCCGCGCGGCGCAUCCGCGUCUUGUUCUCGACACGCCCCGGGCCACACGCCUCGCGGACGACCUGCCAUCGACGCACACCCCGGCCGUGCCCCGCGACGACGACGCGUGCGCCAACGCGUCGUGGUACUUCAACAAGACGCAGAUCAUUGCGCGUGUGCCUGGUACCUCCAACGACAGCAUCCUCCUCACCGCCCACUUUGAGUCGGUCGCGCCGUCCGACGCCGGCGUCGCCGUGCUGCUCCAGGUGCUCUCAACGCUGCUCGCGCGCAAUGCGACCAGUACGCACAGCCUCGUCGUCUUUUUCAACAACCAAGGCGAAGAGAACGGUCUCUGUGGCUCGAGAUGGUUUGUCGAGCAGCACCUCCUCUCGACGUACAAUGCCAAAGCCUUUCUCAACGUCCAAGGCGGCAAUGCUGGCGGCCGCGCGAUCCUCUUGCGGACCACCGACGAUGCGCUCGCAUUCUUGUACGCAUCGGUCGCACCGCAUCCGCACAUGAACAGCCUCGGCGGCGUCCUCCUCCAGGUCCUCGGCAGCCGUUCCGACUACGAGGUCUACCAGCCCGCGGGCAUUCCCGGCCUCGAUGUCGCGUUCUACGAGCAGUACGCCGACGCACGUGACGAUGCAGUCGAUUUCAUGUCGCCCUCCGAGCUUCAGUUUUGCGGCGACAACAUCCUCGCCGUCACAAGCGCGCUGCUGGCGCUGCCCACUUUGCAGUUUGACGCGACCGGGUCGGCCGUGUACUUUGACGUGCUCGGGUCGUUUGGCAUUUCGCUCACGCCGUGGGUGCGCGUUGCGCUCACGCUUGUCGCGAUGAGUCUUGCGGCGCUCGUCUUGGGGGUGAGCUACCACUCCUUUCCGCUCUACGACACGAUGAUUGUCGUGACACCCAAGGCGUUUGCCCUCUCGGUGCUCGGCGAGUGGACGUACAUCGUGCGGUCGUUUGCCCAAGCGCUGGUCGGCGGCCUCUUCUUCAAUCUGCCGGUCGCCGUGCUUCUGCAUACGACGCAGCAUGCGCACUUUGCCUCGCUCGCGCUGCCAGCCGGGUUCCUCGGGAACGUUCUUGGUGCGACCGCCGCCGCGCACAAGUGGCGCCAUGGCCAGCCGCACCCGAACGUCAACGCGUACAUUCACUUUGCCGCGUCCGUCGCGUCGUGCAGCGCCGGCUUUGCCCUCCUCGCGCUUCUGCCAAGUCCGAUUUGGAUCUUGUUUGCGAUCGCAUCGAUCGUUUACUCGAGCGUUCUGCUGGUCUUUAUGGCCGCGAUCAUGUACGUCCGGUACCAGCACGAGACGUACGGCCCGGACGACGAGGCCACGUACAUUCCGACGCGCACGGCCAUGAUGUACUACUCGUCGAUCCGGUUCGAGAACGUGCUCUCGCCGCGCGCGCCGCAGCUGCGCGUCUACCUUGGCCUCGCGGCGGCCGUCGCCGUGUACAUGUUUCUGGCGUUUGAGCUCUCGGUCGAUAUUGCGCUCGAUGUCGCGUCGGUCGGGGCCAAACAUGCGCUCGUGCUUUGGAUGGUGCCGCUGCUCUUGACACCGACCUUGUAUGUCCUCGUGUCGCUCUGCGCCUACUGGGAACCCAACGCACCGAGCUACCGCUUCUACUACCUCGUGUACGUUCUGCUCUGGAUCGUCAUGUCCAUGUGGUGGCUCGUGACGGGCUAACAUCGAAUGAAGACUUUAGACAUAC